GAGUGAGGGAGGGACAGAGAGACAGAGACAGACAGAGUGAGGGAGGGACAGAGAGACAGAGACAGACAGAGUGAGGGAGGGACAGAGAGAGCUGUGUUCAAGGUAUGGGCCACUGCUCUGUGGCGUGUUAAUGUCACUUUGUUUCCAGGGUGACGAGGUGUGUGAGAGAUCAGAGAACACACACACAGAGGUGAGAUCAGAGGAAUCGAGAGAGCGACAGCGGCCCAUAACCGCUCUUAUGACUCUCCCGCUCUCUCCUCUCGCUCUCUCCUCUCGCUCUCAUUCUCUCAUACACACACACACACACACACACACACAGACACACUCACAACACACACACAGACACACUCACAACACACAUGCACUAGAGCGAUGCCGUAUGUACAGUGCGUUACCAUUGACGUGAUCGUGAUGAAUGGUAAGUGUGCAUCUCUGUUGUAUUCUUGAGACAUCAUAAUUCAUGUGUAAAUGGAGGUUGCAAAUGCUGAAAACAUGUACUGACUAUGACUGACAUUUUGGUUGUCUUACCUAGCUAAGAGCAUCUACUAGACGACUGAAAGGUGGCAUCUGAGAACCUGUUCAAACCUUGACCAGAGCCCCGAGACGAGAAACACGACCAGAGAGACCAGAGACUACCCCAUGGCCGACCGAACGUCCCUCCAACCUCCUACCCCCCAGCCUUACCAGGACCCAUACCUCCAGCAUCACCUCCACCACCGCCCCUUGGAGCCCCAGACUCCCCUGGAGCAAUACAGAGGGACUGGAAUAGGGGCGGCACCCAGGACCACUCUCCCUGAUUCAAGCCUCUAUUCUGGGGGGAGCAACGAGAGGUACAAGGGUGUGGGUGGUGGAAGAAGUGGUUAUGUAGACAUUCAUGGACAUAGCAGAGGUGAUAACUGCAGUGAUGUUGAUGGUAGAGAUGGUUAUUUUGGAGCGCAGAAAGCUAGCUACUGUAAUAGGGGGGUUUUGGACGACAGUGUACGUCAAGGGGAACAUUUCGGCAACUAUUUUGAAGGUCAGAGCCUUGGCUAUGCUAGCCAAAGGGAUGACGGCUGCGAUGGGGAUGACAGCAGCGCCAGUGGUAGUGGUGGUGAUACGUACCACAGAACGGAUGAGGGCUGUAACAGGGAUGACGUCUUUCACAGAACAGAUGAAGGCUGUAAGAGCAGUAGGGAUGAUGUCUUCUACAGUAACAGUAGAGAUUACGGGUGUGAGGAGAAAACUGAUGAGGGGUCGAACACUAGGGAUGAGGCCUUUCACAGAACGGAUGAUAUCAGGAAUGACGUCUUUCCGGGAACGGAUGAGGGCUGUAACAGGGAUGACGUGUUCUACAGAACGGAUGAGGGCUGUAGUAACAGGGAUGACGUGUUCUAUAGAACGGAUGAGGGCUGUAGUAACAGGGAUGAUGUGUUCUACAGAACGGAUGAGGGCUGUAACAGGGAUGAUGUGUUCUACAGUAGAGAGUAUGUGUGUGAGGAGAGGGGAGAUAGUAGUGAUGGUUAUAGAGAUAGCGGUAGCCAUGAUGGUGGCAAUAAUACAACUGAUUAUCUCUAUAAUCGUACUGCUAGCUUUGGCUAUAGUGUGGAUAAUACAGGAAUGAAGAAUAGUUUGAGAAGUGUUGAUGAUUUUGGAGGAGACUGUGAUGAUUUCGGGGGUAGAAGGUCGAACUUGGAUCCUCUAGAGGCCCAGUUAAAGCCUGGGUCUUGGGUGAGUCCUACUCCCCCAGAUCGUGGUGCUGUGGCUGGGGAGGGAAGGGAGAGCGGUGGGGGGUAUCCCCAGGACUGGGCCUUUCUAUACUCCCAUUCCCAGGCAGCAGGUGGUGCUGGUGGUAGGGUUUACCAGCAGAAACUGGACUCCUUCUCUGAGGCAUUCUCCUUCAGACGCAAUGUUGCCGGCAGCAGAAUUCUGAAUGGGAAUUCCGGAAGUGGGAUUUUGGGAUUGGGAGGAAGAAGCACAGACUGGAUCAAAACAAGUACUUACGAUUCGCACACAGACUCUUCCACUCUUCCUUCACCUCCUACUCCUCCUCCUCUUUCGCCUCACCCCUUCCCCCAGGUCCUUAGCCCUCCUCCCACACCCCUCCCCCCUCAUUCCCUCUCCCCUCCUAAACUCACCCCACCACCCUCUGUCAGGACAGUUGGAUUCACCCAGUCCUCAGGGGGGGGUUGUAGUGGAACAGUCCAGUUUUACCCCUCCUCUCUCCAGCCACUCCACUCCUCCCACCCCUCGGCCGUCGUGUGGAAGCUCCCGCUCUCUCAUUGGCUGCAGCAGUCAGGUGACGUGGGCGUCGUCGAGGGCAACCCCUCAAGCUCCGGCUACAUAUACUGCCAGGAGGCGGUGUUUCCUGGGAGACCGGGUCACCAGGACAACAGGAAUAAUACAGAUCACUAUGGUCUUCAAACUGUGGCAGAAUCCUCCUUUACCUCCACCCCAGCCUUUCACUCCGCCCUCCACCCCUCCUCUCUUCCAUCCCAGCCCCCCAUUGGACAGAAUGGAACAGCACCCCUAGAGGUGCAUAAAGGUACUCCCUUCCCUAGUCUGCUCCAGUCUGGUAGAGGAGGAGGAGGAGGAGGGCAGAAGGGGGUGGAGCGGUUAGGGAGAGGGCUCCACUACACCCCUCUACCUAUGCUGAACCCCAGACGCAGAGGAACGGGGAUCCUCUCCUCCCUCAUGCCCCCUUCAGUCAGGGAACGAGGGAUGGGAGGGAUGACUGAAGAGGAGGAGGGAUAUUCUAUACCUCCGUGUAUCAACGUGGGUCCAGGGUUCCAGGCUGAGCUGCCAUGUUGUCUAGAGAGGGAGGAAGAGUCCAGGACAUGGCCAGAGGAAUCAGCAUCCAAUGAGGAGUUGCUCUGGAAACCGUGGGAGGAGCUUGGGAAGAGUUCUGUGAUCCAGGACCAAGUUCUAGCUGUCUACCAGGAGGGGGCAGCAACACAGAGCUGGCCCUACACUGUCUCUACCUCUGUCACGGAGAUACACUGGCCACACUGGAGAAGUUGCUCUUCUCUACUCCAUCAUCAGCAAGAGACUACCAUUAUGCUGGUAACCCUUAACCUCUCACCCCUACACUCUGACAUCUCACACCCUCACACAUCACCCUUAACCUCUGACCUCUCACCCCUCACCCCUAACCUGACCUCUCACCCCCUCACCCAUCACCCCUAACCUGACCUCUCACCCAUCAUCCAGCCAGACGAUAAACAGGAUAUACAGCCAGACGAUAAACAGGAUAUACAGCCAGACGAUAAACAGUAUAUACAGCCAGACGAUAAACAGACAGACGAUAAACAGGAUAAACAGACAGACGAUAAACAGGAUAUACAGCCAGACAAUAAACAGGAUAUACAGACAGACGAUAAACAGGAUAUACAGCCAGACGAUAAACAGGAUAUACCACCAGACGAUAAACAGUAUAUACAGCCAGACGAUAAACAGACAGACGAUAAACAGGAUAAACAGACAGACGAU